AAAAAAAAAAAAAAAAAAAAAAGUUUGUGGAAGUCGCCGCCCUGCAGCCUCGCUCGGGCAGCGGCGCGGGGGCUUGUGCGCUGCGGGAGCCCGGCACGGAGGACUUUAGUGCGCGGCGUUAACACGCUCUGCCUAUUGUUUGUGUUUUUUUCCAAAAUAUGGCAAAGGUUCAGGUGAACAAUGUAGUGGUGUUGGAUAAUCCUUCUCCUUUCUACAAUCCUUUCCAGUUCGAAAUCACAUUCGAGUGCAUAGAGGACCUGUCUGAAGAUUUGGAAUGGAAAAUAAUUUAUGUGGGUUCAGCUGAAAGUGAAGAGUAUGAUCAGGUGUUAGACUCUGUUUUAGUUGGACCUGUUCCAGCGGGGAGACACAUGUUUGUAUUUCAGGCUGAUGCACCUAACCCAGGGCUUAUUCCAGAUGCAGAUGCAGUAGGAGUCACAGUUGUGCUGAUUACUUGCACUUACCGAGGUCAAGAAUUUAUUAGAGUCGGCUACUAUGUAAACAAUGAAUACACUGAAACAGAACUGAGAGAGAAUCCACCAGUAAAGCCAGAUUUUUCUAAGCUUCAAAGGAAUAUUUUGGCAUCUAAUCCCAGAGUCACAAGAUUCCACAUUAAUUGGGAGGACAACACUGAAAAACUGGAAGAUGCAGAGAGCAGUAACCCAAAUCUACAGUCCCUGCUUUCCACAGAUGCAUUACCUUCAGCAUCAAAGGGGUGGUCAACAUCAGAAAAUUCACUAAAUGUUAUGUUAGAAUCUCAUAUGGACUGCAUGUGACUAACCACCAUCCUUUUGGUACUGUAUAUGUGUUAAACUGUAAAAACAACCAGAACUAUUUCCCUCAAAUUCCAUAAGUACAUAGUUAAAACAAUGUGAAGAACUUGUUUUAAAGCAUCGUGUAGAAAGUUUAUAAAAAAAAAAAAAACCCACAAAAAAACCCAACAAACAGUAUUUGAGCAGAUUGUGGAAUAUAAAUACAACUAUUUUUAAGUAAUUGCCUUUUUUUUCUAAUGUGUUAUUCUAUGUGGUCUAAACCAAACCUGAUUCAAGUACAUGUAUUCUUCUUCCCCYUCCCCCCUUACUUUGUAAGCACUAUUAAAAGCUAAAAAAAAUUUAAAAUUUAAAACAUUUAGGCAAAAUGAAGGAAUAAUGCCAUGUCCUCAUCUCUGCUAUCCAGAUUGCCAAAUAUAAAGUGCCCUUUAAUAGCAGCUUAAGAACAAAACUGUCAUUAGACGAAGUGCAAAGAAAAAGUAUCUCUUAUUAACAAACAAAAMA